AGAGUUUAUGUAGGAAAAAGAUAAGACACACGGGUCCAAUACAGAAUGAGUGUCUAUUUUACUGCAAUUACUCUCCUUGGUGCAGUUACCUUGGUAACAGCUGGGUCUGAUCUGUGUCCUUCUGGUUGGGUACACCAUGGAUCGUCCUGUUACCUGUUUGUCACUGACGACACAGAAGAUUGGAUGGUGGCUAUGUUUUACUGUAAUAGUCUCAAUGCAAAGUUGGUGGAAAUUGAAACAAGAAGCGAAGACGACUUUUUACGUUCGCAAUUGUCACAUAGAAGAGUAACAGGUAAUUAUUGGAUUGGAUUGUCUGAUAUCCAGCGAGAGGGGAAAUGGGUGUGGUCAUCGACUCAGACAGUUCCAACGUAUACCCACUGGUUUCCCGGUCAGCCCGAUAACACUCGCGAUCAACGCUCCGAGGACUGUGUACAUAUGCAUGCACUUAUGGGAUUUCUCUGGAAUGAUUUCCACUGCAAUGCGGCAAACAAUUUUAUCUGCGAGCAAGAAAUGAAUGUAGGUAUGCUAGUGGGAUAAAUGAGCAGAGAGGCCAUCAGCUGUACAUCAGUUGUACAUUUUCUUGCUCUUAAUAAAAUAUGGAAAAAGCA